CAGCUGCAGUUUGUUUUCGAUGUUACAGUAACGUUAAUGUGUGUCUUGACAGAAAAUACUACGCAGUGAGGAUCAGGCGAAAUUAUUUGUCCAUUGAAGAAAUGGCUAGUUUAGCUUCCCUGAUGUUUUCAGCCAUUACGAGUUUGACUUCACUGAAAACAAUCGUCUGUGGAUCACAUUUCGCAUCACGUCAGUAAACCACUUUUCCGAAAUAUUACAAACCUUUAUAUCUAACAAUUAAAAAAGCAGCUUCGUCCAUAUUACCAGUACCUGACACUUGUUAGACUACAGAAGCCUACUGCUGAGAAGUGACUCCGCUAUGCUCAGGUGUAUCGUUUACACUUACACCUGCACCACGGAAGUACACCUGUGACCUCGCGGCUAUCAACACAGGAAAUGCUCGAGCACUACCGUGGGUUUUCUCCACGACAUUUUUUAGACUGGCACAAGAUCCAUUAGCUGCUACCUUAUUGAAUCGAUACUGAUACGGAUUGAUCUGUUUGUCUGCCGGGGCUUUAAACAUGGCAGACAUGUCUCCAUCAGUGCGUUUGCAGGAGAUGAUCCGAGUGAUCCGAAGCGCCCGAACGCAGGGAGAGGAGCGAGGCGUCAUCCAGAGGGAAUGUGCGGCCAUCCGAGCACAGUUUCGACAGGGCGACAAUGGGAGCCGAUCACAUAACCUGGCCAAACUCCUCUAUGUGCACAUGCUAGGGUACCCUGCACACUUUGGACAGAUGGAGUGUGUGCGUCUGAUUGCUAGCCCCAGGUAUAAUGAAAAGCGCAUUGGUUACUUAGGUGCUAUGAUGCUUCUUGAUGAAAAGCAGGAUGCCAGUCUUCUCAUCACCAACUCUAUCAAGAAUGACCUGUCCCAUAGCAGCCAGUAUGUCCAGUCUCUGGCCCUGUGCACAUUAGCCUGUAUGGGCUCAGCAGAGAUGUGUCGUGACCUGGCCCCAGAGAUCGAGCGACUCCUCAGAGCCUCCAACUCCUACAUCAAGAAGAAGGCUGCUCUUUGUGCUGUGCAUAUUGUAAGGAAAGUUCCAGAGCUGGGAGAGCUGUUCACUCCCUCAGCACGGUCCUUGCUGUCUGAGAAGAAUCAUGGAGUUUUGCAUGGUGCCGUUGUCCUCAUCACAGAGCUGUGUGAACGUAAUCCAGACACCCUUGACCAGUGUCGGAAGGCUGUACCAGAACUUGUUCAGAUCAUGAAAGGCCUGGUGAUGUCCGGUUACUCCCCAGAACACAACGUUGCUGGCAUCAGUGACCCUUUUCUUCAGGUGCGCAUCUUACGUUUGUUAAGAAUUCUGGGGCGCAAUAAUGACACGGCUAGUGAUGCCAUGAAUGACCUGCUGGCUCAGGUGGCUACAAACACAGACAGCAGCAAGACUGCAGGCAGUGCUGUGCUGUACGAGACUGUGCUCACCAUCAUGGACAUCAAGUCAGAGAGUGGGCUCAGGGUUCUUGCUGUGAAUAUAUUGGGUAGAUUUCUUCUAAAUAAUGACAGAAAUAUACGUUAUGUGUCUAUGACGUCACUGCAGAAGAUUGUUCAGACAGACCACAAUGCUGUUCAGCGACACAGGGGCACCAUUGUCGACUGUCUGAAGGACCAAGAUGCAUCUGUGCAACGUCGGGCUCUCGAGCUGUCCCUGGCUCUGGUGUCAGCGGUGAACAUUCGCUCCCUGAUGAAGGAGCUCCUCCUCUUCCUCUCCAGCUGCCCCCUGGAGUUGCGAGCGCACACCACCUCGGGCAUCUUCAUUGCUGCCGACCGGUACGCGCCCUCUCAGCGCUGGCAUAUUGACACCAUCCUGCAUGUCCUCACCACGGCAGGGGGCGAUGUCAGGGAUGAGACGGUACCCAACCUGAUCCAGCUCAUCACCACGGCUGCCGAGCUGCACUCCUACACUGUUCACAAGCUCUACAGGGCACUGGUGACCGACAUCUCACAGCAAUCUCUGGUGCAGGUGGCCUGCUGGUGUAUUGGCGAGUAUGGGGACCUGCUGCUGAAGGGGGAAUGUGAGGAGACUGAGCCGGUACAGGUGACGGAGGAUGACGUGCUGGAUGCCUUGGAGACGGUACUGCAGUCUCACAUGUCGUCACCGGCGACCAGGGCGUUUGCCCUCACAGCCACCAUGAAGCUCAGCACGCGCAUCACAAACAAUGUGGAUCGUAUAAGGAGCAUCGUCAGUAUUUACGGUAGCUGCAUUGACGUGGAACUCCAGCAGAGGGCAGUGGAGUACAAUGCGCUGUUCAAGAAAUACGAUCACAUGAGGGCUGCUGUGUUGGAGAGGAUGCCUGUGAUUGACAAGAACUCACCAGGCCACAGCAAUGGAGACUUCACAGCAGGGUUUAAAGAGCCUGAGCUGGUCAAGGUCAAACAGGCAGAAACUGACCGGCCUCAGGAGACAACAGACCAGGCUUGUGAUCUGCUGGGUCUGCUGGGGGAUUCGGCCCAGCCCUUGCAGCCCACCACAGCCCCCAGCUCUGCCAGCACCAACAUAGGCGGAGACCUGCUGGACUUGCUCGGCGGACUGGACCCCAUUCCAGCACCAACUGUUACAGUGUACGAGAAAAAUGACUUGAGUUUAAAGCUACAAACUGACAAGAAAACCGAUACGGGAGUGACCGUCACCUUCACCGCCUUCAACUCCUCAGACACAGACAUCAGCAGUUUCACUCUACAAGUGGCUGUACCCAAGAGUGUUCAGCUGCAAAUGAAGGCUCCGAGUGGUGAUCUCAUCCCAGCCCAGGGUGCAGGUCCUGUGACUCAGACUGUUUUCCUCAGCAACCCCAACAAGGUGAACCUGAAGAUGCGAGUUCGUGUGCAAUAUUCUAAACAAGGCUCUGUGUGUCAGGACAUGCUUCAGAUCGACUCCUUCCCUGCUCCCGCAUGGCAGUGAGCUGCCUUCCCUGUCUGUCUGCGCACGGUCACUCUGUGUUCUCACCCCAGCAAGAGGGGCUUCUCUGCAGACUCUCUUUGGCAGCUCUGUGAAAUACUGGUUGGUUGCUUUGUUUGGUGGUUUAACCACAUGCUCUUUUGACCUGACCUGAUACAGUCACUGGCCUGUACUGCCAGCGGACAUCUUAAGUGGCAUUCCUAUACAUCAUAUUUCAGUGCGGUUCUUGUGGUCUGAUUCAGCGUUGAGCAUUGUUUGAUGUCAUAAUGAAAUUGGUCCAGCUGGUUUCCAUUCCAACACAGAAAUCUGGAAGAGGUGGAGUUCUAUAAUUCCAGUGAAAACGGAGCCUGAGGUAUGAGUAACAUUACCAGGCUGUUAAUGUAGUCUCCACCCCUUAUGAGCAGUGUAAUUUUCGUGACUGUACCUGCAGAGCCCCACAGUGCCUCCAUGCCUGUGUCUAAUUAAUAAUCAAAAUCAGGAGGACUUUGCAUCCAUUACCACUUAGGCAAACACUUGUAACACCUAUACAGUAUAUCUAAACGUAAGCCAUCAUUUUGCUGAUUGCACCAACCUGAUUGGCAGUCAGGAAUGUGCUAAAGAAAAAAAUAAUGCAGAUUACAUUUAGUCUUUUAAUUAAUGCUUCCAUCCAAAACAUUUUAAAUCAAAGAUUAUAAUUCAUAAUCUUUGGUUUAGAGUACAUUGAAGCCAUACAUAUUGUGAGUGCUUGUGUUUGUGAAUGUAACUCCCUGGCACUGCUAACAACCUACCCCACUGACGAUGCUACAGCUUUAACUCCACUAUUUAUUAUAACUUCUUUUCCUGGUCCAGAGAACAUUGCUGCUCAUUGGUCAGGUAGAGCCACAUGAUCACGAUCCCUGAAUGCCUUACCUACGUUUUUGUAUACCUCUUUUUUCAGCCCCUUUAAGGGCUACUAUCCAUCUAAAGUGCUACAUGGAAUUACAUUUUCUCACAUUUUGGUUGAUGUAAGUUUAUUUAAGGAUGGCAGACUGACCCUCUUGAGUUGGUGGGAUAAACCCCCAACCAGUAUACUUGCUGGAACACUAAACCUGGUGCACGGUCCUCACUGGAUCAGUUCACUUUUUAAUCUUUUACCAGGGUUGCUAGGACAACAUUUUAACCAAAACCGAUCAUUCUAUUACAAACCAGAUUUGUGACAUAUCAGUAUUUAAAAACUUUUCAUAUUGGCACACUAAAUCCAUCAAAUCCAACUUCCACAUAAUUUUAAACGGUUACAAAAUGAUUUCCACUUUUUUUAUCUCAAGUGUUUUGAUGGCCCUUUCAGUUCAGAUAAUGAAGUUCACUACCUGGCCAAAAAGUCACAAACCCAUUUUGUUGAACGACUUCAACUUUGAUUACAACAUGUAUUUGCCCUGGCACUGUUUUGACAACUUUAUGCAACGUCACCAUCCAGAGUAACCAUUUUUUUGCAGAGGUCUUGACAUCAGGAGAGUUGCACCACUGUGUCUUCGUGUCCAACACACCUCAAAGAGUUACAAUGAGAUGCUGGGUUAAAUCUUGUUUUGUUUCAAACACAACUGAGGGAGCUUACCCAUCCCUUCAUGUUCCCUAAAAACUCCAGUUUGCUUAUGAUUGGGUGGACAUGCCUACUCCACAUUUAUUUUCAGUGCAUUGAGUCAAGGUUGUGUAUGAAGAUUUUUUUUUUUUUAAGUGGACUCCGAGAAUUGACAGCUAGCAGAUCGUGAGGAUAUUUGCCUAGUGUGACGGUGUGCGAGUGUUAUGGGUUAGAAAUCACUUACAGUACCUUUAGGCUCAGUAAUUUUGAUGUCUGAAAAUGACUCCUUUUAGUCCCUUAACCACAAUUUCACUUUCACAAUUGACCCAGUUGAUACAAGCCCUGAUCAUUUGCUAAUUUUAAUCCGAAUGACUAUCCUUUUUUUGGCCAGGCAGUGUAAUCCUUUGGGGAUACAGUAACUCUUAGUGUUUUUUAACAGCAGUCAAAUCCCUUUAUGGAACCUGUACAGUCAGUGUGUACAGAGGACCCAGUUUUCUUCUAGUAAUAAAGCACAACCAGUCUCAUGCACGUGUACGCAUAUGGGACUGGGAAAUGUAUGAAUCAUUCUGAAAAGUGAUGUGGAUGGACACUAUGUAUUGGCACAACCAGGGGAGAUUGGAAAGCGAAUAUUUCUUUGUUUGAAGUGAGUUUCGAUUUGUUGUCCUGAGUCAUUUUUAAAUAAAGUUUAUUGUAAACUUUG